AUGGAGGCGAAACAACUUAAAGCUCUGCUCGACAAAGACACUGAAGAAUUUCCAAAGGUUUUGCGAAAAUUCAACGAAGAGAAUGCCAAUCUAUUUCAAUUCGAGAAAUUCCAUAAAAAUGGUUUGUGGCUGGAUUUGUGGAAAGCGGUAUUCGGUAUAUUGAACGAUGAUGGUCUAGAGAAGUACCAUACUGUGUGCUUGAGCACGAUACGAAUAUUGUCACGCGAUGAAAGUAGUCUUUUAAAGAAUAACAUUGUUCCUGAUAUUGGUUGCCUCCUUAAAUUGGCCCAUUUGGUAGCGGGUAGCACUACAUUGGCUGCCACCACACCCGAUGCCAUUGAUCAAAGCUUUAACGCAGAUAUAGUUGUGGAAGCACUGAAAUGCCUCUGCAAUUUGGUGUUCCAAAAUGCGGAAGUUCGAAAGGAGUGCAUACGUCAAAAUGUGGCCGAUCUCAUUUUCCAGCGCUUGUCAUCGUCAACGCAAACCGAGUCAUCCAUAGAGCUAUUUGAUAUGAAAUUAUUGUUCCUCAUAACGGCACUGGACACAACGGUCCGUAGUAGAGUUUUAAUAGAGCUAAACGGCCUGACAUACCUGACUGAACUCUUGGAUGAGAAAUUCCGCGUUACCUCUGAAUUCAGUGACCAACAGUUUGAUAUUGCCAUUGAGUUGCUCAAGGUAAUGUUCAAUAUAACGUCGAGCAGUGACAAAAGCCCUAGUGAAAACGAAAUUCAGAGCCUACAUCUGACAAGUGUGAUUCGUGAAAUACUGAUACGUUUUGGCGAAAUGAAAAGGGAACGUGAACGUCUCGUUAUUGCCCAUUCCAUUGAUCUCUUGACCAAUAUAUCCAGCAGUUGCCUUAGUGAGCUGAUUGUGAAAUGUGAUAGUACUGCAAAGACAUCGGAGAAGCGUACCAUAUUCGAGAGUCGUAACGUAAGCGCCCUCAAAACUAUUCUAAGCUAUCUCCACUACACAUUGGAGGAAAAUGAAAAGAGUUCUUCGACCAAUAAGAAUUUGGUUACCCCAGUAUUAGCUAUUUUGGUAAAAUGCAUUUCCAGUAAUUCCACAAUGCGACGAUAUGUACGGAGUGUUAUACUUCCACCACUGCGCGAUGUCUACAAACGUCCCGAAGAGGGCAAUGAACUACGCAAUUAUUUGUGCCGCCUACAGGGAAGCCCUGACAUGGUCGUUCGAAAUCUCACCUAUGAACUUUUACUUGUUUGUUGUAAGAAGAGUCAAAGUCGGCUAAUUAAAUAUUUUGGCUACGGCAACAUGGCUGGGUUGUUUGCAAAUGCCGGCUUGAUGCCUGGUCGUAAAGCUGAGACAAAUGAAUUCUCAUCCGACAGUGAGGACAGUGAUACAGAGGAAUAUUCCGUUAUGAAACAUGCCGUCAAUCCUGUUGUUGGUUGUUAUGUACCACCAACACCGAAUCCUUUGGAUGGCAUGAGCGAGGAACAAAAAGAAUAUGAAGCCGAACGACUUGUUAAUUUAGUGGAUCAAUUAGAUCGGUGUGGUAUCAUAAAACCAUGUCGUAUAAAUGCCGAAGGAAAGCCGGAACCAGUUGAUCAUAUCUUGGAGUUGCAGGAACAGCUGCCCAAGCAGCAGGAAAUUCUCAAAAAUGAUGACGAUGAAUAA